AUGGCUACCCCUAGUGUCCUGGCUUUUGACGCUGAGGGUCGCGCCAUUGACUUUGAGGUCUGGGUAGACGACCUGCAGUUGUUUUUACAGUGCGAUAGGGCAGACGGCCUCUCUCUCUUUGACCUUACCUCUGGCGCCUCUCCUGCUCCUGCUGCUGAUGCUGAUCCCACUAUGCGCUCUCAGUGGGCCACCCGCGAUGUUGCUGCACGUCUUGCUGUGCGUCGCCACCUCCCUACCUCUGAGCGCGCGCACUUUAGUCAGUACAAGAGUGCUCAGACCUUGUACGACGCUGUAGUUGCGCGCUACUCCUCCCCUUCCACUGCUGCACUGAGCCGUCUCAUGCUUCCCUACCUCUUUCCUGACCUCUCUGCCUUUCCCACUGUCGCUGACCUCAUUACGCACCUCCGCACUAGUGACACUCGCUACCGCGCCGCCCUUCCUGCUGAGUUCUGCGCUAAGAACCCCCCCCCCAUGUACAUCACUCUCUACUACGUAGUCGCACGCCUCCAUGACUCCCUUCGCGUAGUCAGGGACCACUUUCUCGCAGUCUGUCCCACCACCCUCACCGUCGACGUCCUCGAGAAGGCCCUCCUCGCAGCGGAGAAGAGCAUAGUCGCUGUAGGAGCUUCUCGUGGAGACCCUCGCACCCCCAUCUUUGAGGGGUGCUCUCCUUCCGCCUUGCUGCCCUCUGUUGCCUCUGCUGCUGCUGCCGACCUGCUUGGUCUUGAGGCGCGGGUGGAGCUGGAGGGGGCGGUGGCGGUGGCGGCGGAGGCGGCGGAGGGAGUGGGGGGUGGCGGCGGGAGUAGUGGCGGGGGUGGUGGUGGCGGUGUCAGCAGCGGCGGAGGCGGCGGUGGUGGUGGCAGCGGUGGUGGUGGUGGCAGCGGCGGAGGUGGAGGCGGCGGAGGAGGCAGCGGAGGAGGCGGUGGUGGUGGAGGAGGUGGAGCUGGUCGGGGUGGUACCCAGCAGCGGAGCGGCGGUGGUGGUGGCCAGCGCUCGCAGCAGCAGCAGCAGCAGCGUUCGCGGGACAUCCCUCCGCCUCAGCAGCUUCGUGAGUGGUACACUCAGCGUCAGAGGGGUGGGGGUACUGGUCCUUGCACCUACGUCCUUCGUUCCGGCGACCGCGCGGGUGAGCAGUGUGGGGGUGCCCACCCCACCCAGCGCUGCUUUGGCCGCCUGACGGACGCUUGGCGUCAGCAGUUCCCCGGGGCUAGUGAGAUCCCUCGCUGGGAUGAGCUUCUUAGGGCUGGUGUAGCGAUCUUUGAUCUUGAUUUUGAUGCUAUCCUUGCUGUUAUGUAUGCUGUGACUAUUAGUGAGGAGACUGAGGGUUACCGGUGUUUCCAGCCCGACCCGGGCAUUGGUACUGCUGCGCUAGGUGCUUGUGAGGCUGCUGCUCUAGGUGCCAGUGCGUCUGCGCUCUCAGGUACUGGUGAGACUGCGCCCUCAGGUACUGCGUCGCCCUCGUCCUCCCUUACUUUCACACUUGACUCUGGGGCUUCUCGCUCCUUCUUUCGAGACCGCACCACCCUUACGCCGCUUGGCCGGCCGGUUGCCGUCUCCCUGGCUGACCCCUCUGGGGGUCCUGUCCUGUCUCACUUCUCCACUGUCCUCCCAUGUCCGGCUGCCCCUUCGGGCACCCUGUCUGGUCUGUACCUUCCCUCGUUCUCUACGAACAUGGUGAGUGGCGCGGACCUGCAGGAUGUGGGGGUUCACCAGUUCACUCCUGCGAGUCAGCGGGUGACCCACUGCACGGAGGCACGCACAGGCCGACACCUGGCCACGUUCUCGCGUCGGCCGGGGUCGAGUCUCUACACCCUGACCGUUGAGUCUCCUCCUGUCCCUGCGUCUGGUCAGGUGGCUGCGUCAGGUCAGGUGCUUGCUGCUGCGUCCCGGUCAGGUCCUGAGUCUGCCCCCUGUUCUUGUCGCCUCCUGUCUCACGAGACUCUCCUGUGGCACCACCGUCUUGGCCACCACUCCUUGCCCCGUCCUCGGAGCAUGGCUUCCCGUGUCCUUGUCUCUGGUCUUCCCCAGUCUCUCCCUCCCCUUCCCUCCGGGCCAGGACCUUCCUGUGUCCCCUGUGUCGAGGGUCGCCUCAGGGCUGCUCCUCACUCCUCCCAGUUCCCCCCGACCGAGGCUCCUCUGCAGACGCUUCACAUGGACGUGUGGGGCCCAGCCCCCGUCCGUGGGCAGGGUCACGAGCGCUACUUUCUGUUGGUGGUUGACGACUACUCGCGUUACACCACAGUCCUCCCCUUGCGCAGCAAGGGUGCUGUCACUGAGGUGCUGAUCGACUGGAUCCGCGAGGCUCGUCUCCAGCUCAGGAAGAGCUUCGGCUCGGACUUUCCUGUUCAGCGUCUGCACUCGGACAGAGGCGGAGAGUUCUCCUCGCGCCUUCUGCGAGACUACUGUCGUGCACGGGGGAUCCGCCAGACCUUCACGCUUCCGGACUCUCCACAUCAAAAUGGGAUUGCUGAGCGCCUCAUUGGCAUGGUCAUGGAUGUCGCUCGUACGUCCAUGAUGCAUGCGGCUGCCCCCCAUUUUCUGUGGCCGUUUGCGGUUGGCGAUGCGUCGACGUUCCGUGUCUGGGGAUCUCGGGCGUUUGUCCGCGACUUGUCUGCGGACAAGCUGUCCCCUCGUGCUGCUCCCUGUGUCUUCCUUGGCUUCCCCACUGACGCUCCAGGGUGGCAGUUUUACCACCCCUCCUCUCGUCGUGUUCUGUCCUCCCAGGACGUCACGUUCGACGAGUCAGUCCCCUUCUACCGCCUCUUCCCCUACCGCACUCCUUCCCUCCCCCCUCCGCCGGACUUCCUUGUGCCGACGCAGUUGACCCGGUCGAGGUUACUGGUGACUCUGGUGCUGCUGCGGGUGCUGAGCCUGGGGGUGCUGACUCUGGGGGUGCUGUGCGCGGGGGUGCCGGGCCUGGAGGUGCUGCUACUGGGGGUGCUGAGCCUGGGGGUGCUGGGCCUGGGGAUACUACUGCGGAGGGUGCUGCGCCGGGGGGUGCUGUGCCUGGAGCUGCUGAGCCUGGGGGUGCUGAGUCUGGAGCUGCUGAGCCUGGGGGUGCUGAGCCUGGGGUUUCUCCUGCUGCUGCGUCUCGACGGGAGCCCCUCUCUCCCCAGGAGCUGCGCGAGUGGUUUGCUCGCCGCUGGAGGCGUGCUGCUGGAGCUGGAGCUUCUUCGACCGUCGAGGGUGCUGGUGCUGCCGGUCCCGGGAGCUUCUGGGCCUGCGAGUCAUCCUGGAGCUGGAGCUGCUGAGGGUGUUGGUGCUGAGACCACUGCUGUCUGUCCUCUCGGUGGUUCUGCUGCUGGUACUGCUGUUGGUCCUGCCGCUGGAGGUGUGGGUGGCGCUGGUGCUGUCGCUGAGGGUGCUGGUGCUGUCCCUGCUGAGUCUGGAGCUGCCGCGCGGCCUCGGCCGUACUUCGUUCCGCUCCUGCAGCAGGUUCUUGGUCUUUCUCCUCCGGUAGAGGGUUCACCGCCUGUCCAGUCGCAGUCCCUACUGGAGCCUUCCUCUCCACUGCCUGCUCCCUCUCCUUACACUGGUCCUACUGGUGGUCUUGCUGAGCGCCGUGAGCCUGCGUCUCGUCCCGCGUCGCCUGUUCGUGCUGCUCGCGCUAGUGGUCGCAGUUCGCGUCAGCGUCCUCCUCCUGUCCCUGGCACACACCGGAUGUCUCUGCGUCCGUCCACUGCUCCUCUGCGUGCCCCUUUGCCUUCUCCUCCUGAGUCCUCUCUUCCUGCGCUUGCUGACCCUGAGUUGGACUCUCUUCGUGCUGCCAGUCCUACUGUCACGCGUCUGCUUGCUACUGUCGUCACUGACCCCUCUUUUGAGUCCACUGCUGCGUCUGCUCUUGUCGCUGAGCUCGUCGACUUUGCUGCUCGCUGUCGUCUCGACUACGCUGCUAGUCUUGUUGCUGAGUCUGCGUCUGUCUGUCCUCCGUCCGUCGGGGGUGAGAGUGCUCUUGGCACGGACGUCCUAGAGGACAGGCAGGAGGAGUUACAGUGUCUGGCUGCUGCUUCACCUCAUCUCGCGUCUGUACUGCUUGCUCCUGAGGGAGACCCGGAUGCACUAGACAUCCCGACUCCGCGCUCUUACGCGGAGGCCGUAGAGGGUCCCUACUCCUCUCAGUGGCAGGCAGCUAUGGAUGCAGAGAUGGCUUCCUGGAAGUCCACAGGCACCUACGUUGACGCAGUUCCCCCUCCUGGGGCGAACAUCGUCAGUGGCAUGUGGAUCUUCAGGGUGAAGCGGCCGCCGGGCUCUCCACCUGUCUUCAAGGCGCGGUACGUUGUUCGUGGCUUCAGUCAGCGGCAGGGAGUUGACUACUUUCAGACCUUCUCUCCCACCCUGAAGAUGACCACUCUUCGGGUGCUGCUGCACAUAGCCGCUCAGCGCGACUACGAGCUUCACUCUCUCGACUUCAGCACUGCGUUCUUGCAGGGUAGCCUGCACGAGGAGAUCUGGCUGCGCCGUCCGCCUGGCUUCACUGGGACUUUCCCUCCUGGCACCCAGUGGAGCCUCCGACGGCCAGUCUACGGUCUCCGCCAGGCACCGCGUGAGUGGCACGACACACUGAGGACUACGCUUGCGGCUCUUGGGUUUGCUCCCUCUACUGCUGACCCGUCGCUGUUUCUGCGCACCGACACUUCACUGCCGCCGUUCUACAUCCUCGUGUACGUCGACGACUUGGUCUUUGCCACAGCGGACACUGCUGGACUCGCCUACGUGAAGUCCGAGCUGCUGAAGAGACACACGUGCACUGACCUGGGUGAACUGCGCAGCUACCUUGGCUUGCAGAUCACUCGGGAUAGAGCACGCCGCACCAUUACCUUGACUCAGUCACACAUGGUGCAGCAGGUCCUUCAGCGCUUCGGCUUCACGUACUCCUCGCCUCAGGCCACUCCUCUGCCUACUCGCCACUCACUCUCAGCUCUGCCUUCGGAUGAGUCCUUAGAGUCGAGUGGUCCGUAUGCAGAGCUUGUUGGCUGCCUCAUGUACCUGAUGACCUGCACACGACCUGACCUUGCAUACCCUUUGAGCAUUCUUGCACGCUAUGUUGCUCCUGGGAGACACCGACCAGAGCACAUGGCAGCAGCGAAGAGGGUAUUGCGCUACCUGUGCAGUACGUCGGGCAUGGGGCUAGUGCUUGGAGGGCGGAGUCCAGUGGUCCUUACAGGCCACGCGGACGCUUCUUGGGCUGACGACCAGGCUACGCAGCGGUCGUCACAGGGUUACACCUUCAGCCUUGGUUCCGGCUCUGUCUCGUGGCGGUCUACUCGCUCGUCUUUAGUUCUCGGCUCCAGUUGUGAGGCUGAGAUCUACGCCGGGGCCAUGGCUGCACAGGAGCUUCGCUGGCUCACCUACCUGCUGACUGACCUUGGAGAGCCGCCUCGUUCUCCUCCAGUGCUGUACGUAGACAACAAGGCCAUGCUGGCCUUGUGUCGAGAGCAGCGCUUGGAGCACAGAACGAAGCACAUUGCUCUCCGCUACUUCCUUGCUCGUGAGCUGCAGCAGCGUGGUCAGUUGCGACUUGCGUACGUGGCCUCUAAGGCCAACACUGCUGAUGUGUUCACCAAGGCACUCGCGCCUUGUGACGAUCAGCGCUUUUGCACCCAGCUGGGUCUUGUGCCUGUCUUGCCUCACUUGCUCUCCUCUUGA